AUGGGAACUAUAUGGGCUGUUACUAGGCACGAGGCAAGCCUCUGCUGGGGUUUCAUGCAUCGUGAUGUCAGCAUGGGCAUGCUUCCUGUCCCAGCUUUUGCCACGGCCUCUUUACUAUAUCGCCACGCUACACUUUUCGAGAUGCUUACCACAAUUCCAAAAUCCUUCCUACUGGGCUUUCUCUUUCUAUACUCUUUCGUUGUUGGAAACCAGAUCUGUGGUGUGGAGGAGGAUCGCGUUAACAAACCUGACCGUCCUAUUGUGGCAGGUAUGUCCUCGCUCAACGCCGCCCGAGUACGCUGGGCCGUCUUGACAGCUCUUUACGUUGGCUACGGAUCCUAUUUGGAUGUUGGAAUCUGGACAUUCAUGUGGGUUGCUAUCUCCGUCGCCCACAACUUUUUGCGCCUGGGCGAUUUCGGCCCGACCAAGGAUCUGUGUGUAGGGAUUGGAUCCAUCGCCCAGCUGACUGCAGCCUGGACGAUUGGGGGCUCACCCCACGAAAUUGGCUGGACCUGGAUCAAGAUCAUUGCUAUCUACGUCGUCUUUCCCAUUUCCUUGCAAGACCUGCGCGAUGUGCCUGGCGAUGUGGCAACUGGACGGUAUACGACGCCGAUUCUCAUGGGAGACAUGCCCUGUCGAAUCUAUAUCUCCCUCGGUGUUUUAAUAUCGCAAUCCCUACUGAUCCGCUACUGCAUUUUGGAAUACCGCAUGGACGUGUCGACUGUCAUUCUUUCUAGUGUCCUCGCGCUUCUCGCCAUGACCAUUAUUUUCCGCCUCUUCGCCUUCCGUGACAUUAAGAGCGAUCGGAUCUCGUAUCGGUUAUAUACCCUCGUCUACUUGAUUCAGCCACUAUCUGCAUGUAUCACGCUGCGCUAA